GGCUAAAGGGAGGUGCAGCCCCAUCGAGCAAGGCAGAGCCCGAGCCCGAGCCCGGUGCUGGGACACCCGGGGCCAAGCUCCCACCCCACCACCUGCCAUGAAGCCCCGAAGCCUGGGCACAGCUGCCCUGCGGCUGGGUCUAGGGCUGCUGCUGCUGCUGGCCACAGGUACAGCACAGGGCACCACCACUGCCACUGGUGGCACCAACACGACCACCCCGCCCCCCAGCAGCACGACUACCCCGCCCUCAACCAACACGACCACCCUGCCCCCCAGCAACACGACCACCCUGCCCCCAACCAACACGACCACCCCGCCCUCUGGCAACACGACCACUGCACCAUCAACCAACACGACCACCCUGCCCCCCGGCAACACGACCACCCUGCCCCCCAGCAACACAACUACCCUGCCCCCAACCAACACGACCACCCCGCCCUCUGGCAACACGACCACCGCACCAUCAACCAACAUGACCACUCUGCCCCCAACCAACACGACCACCCCGCCCUCUGGCAACACGACCACCCUGCCCCCAACCAACACGACCACCCCGCCCUCUGGCAACACGACCACCCUGCCCCCCGGCAACACAACCACUCUGCCCCCAACCAACACGACCACCCCGCCCUCUGGCAACACGACCACCCUGCCCCCAACCAACACGACCACCCUGCCCCCAACCAACACGACCACCCUGCCCCCAACCAACACGACCACUCUGCCCCCAACCAACACGACUACCCUGCCCUCUGGCAACACGACCACCCUGCCCCCAACCAACACGACCACCCCGCCCUCUGGCAACACGACCACCCUGCCCCCAACCAACACGACCACCCUGCCCCCAACCAACACGACCACCCCGCCCUCUGGCAACACGACCACUCUGCCCCCAACCAACACGACCACUCUGCCCCCAACCAACACGACCACCCCGCCCUCUGGCAACACGACCACCCUGCCCCCAACCAACACGACCACUCUGCCCCCAACCAACACGACCACCCCGCCCUCUGGCAACACGACCACUCUGCCCCCCGGCAACACGACCACCCCGCCCUCUGGCAACACGACCACCCUGCCCCCAACCAACACGACCACCCUGCCCCCCAGCAACACAACCACCCCGCCCCCAACCAACACGACCACCCCCAACACUACCACCCUGCCCCCCAGCACCUCCACUACCUCCCAGGCCCGGAUCUAUUUCUUUCUCUCGUUCCGCAUUGUGAACUGGAACUUCAACGACUCCCUUCUCAACCCCAGCACCAGUUACUACAAGGAAUUAUAUUCCAAAAUCCAUAUCAUGUACCGCAGUAUCUACGGCUGCCCAACGUGCCUGAAUGGGCAGAACUACCUGGGAUUUACUGAUCUGCGUUUCAGCCCGGGCUCGGUGGUGACUGAGUCCGUCCUGCAGUACCAAGUGAGCAACACCAGCAUCAGGGCCACCGACAUUGAGCAGCAGCUGACACAAAGGCUGGACAGCCAGAACAGCUUUGGUGGACUCCAGCUGGACAAUAUCCGUGCCAACUCUGGCAGCAAUCCCCCAGCCACCACAGCACCAGCUCCCCUGGUGCCUGGCUGGGGCAUCGCCCUGCUGGUCCUGGUCUGCAUCCUGCUGGUGCUGAGCAUCCUCAUCUUCAUCCUGCUGAUCGUCUGCUCGUGCCACAGGAGGAGCCGUGGGAAGCUGGAUCUGUUCAGCUCACAGGCCUCGUACCAGCCCAUGAAUGAGUACCCCACCUACCACACCCACGGGCGCUUCAGUGCCCCCGGCAAGAAGCAGAAUCCUUACAGUGAUAUCGCCGCCGGCAACGGCACCAACGCCUUCUACGCCAACCCUGCGACAUCAGACAAUCUCUAGGGGCACUACCCCGAGGACCAGCAGGAGCAGAGCUCCCAGCAUCGCCACCUGCUUCCUGCAGCUGGACUCCAGGGUGCUGGGUGGGGCUGACAAGGCAGGGGUUUCCUGCACUGGGGAGGAGGGGGUUGCAUUCAAAGUGUGGCGGGGUGAGGGAGGGUGACUGCUCCCCCCACCCUGCAACCCCUGGCCCUGGGUUUGGGCCAUGUGAGGGCAAGCACUAAUGGGGCAAAUUCCUAAUGGGGGACAGUAAAGGGGCUGCCCCAUAUAUCCCCCCCACCAGCCAGCCUGGGCAGUGCAGGGAAUAUGACAAGGACUCUCCAGGGGAGCCCCUCAAUACUGCCCCAAGCUGUGUAUGGGGCGUGUCCCCUGCUCCUUCCACAGCCUGGGGGGCCCUCUGGCCCAGCUUCCACCUGUUCUCAGGAGGUGGGAGCGACCAUCAGACGGUUCUGGAGCAGCCAAAUUCGAAUGCAUGAAGGAACUGGAUGAACAAUGCAAGGGAAGGACCCUCCUCUCUGCCUCCCCCAAAUUCCAAGCCCCGCCUGCCCGCAAUCACUUGCCAAAUGCUGUACCCUGCCACGAGGCCCCCAGUGUGCAGUGUUCAGGUUCCAGGGGUCGCGCUUGCCUGCACAGCUGGACUGGGGCUCCACUUUUAUCAUGUGUUCUGUAACCACGCGGCUCUGUGAUGGCCGCCCCGCCGUGACGGGGGGUCACAACGUCCUUGGGAAG